UAUUUUCUCACUUCUGUAUAAAUAGAAGGAGUUGCAACAACACAUCCUCAUUCCCAAACCUGCACCAGAUUGACAGAUUGAGGGUUGCUUUGGGAUAAACCCUCACAACACCUCCAGUCAGUCAUAUCAUGGCCAUCUUGGGUAGUCAUAAUCCUCUCGCAGCCACUUUUGGCAUAUUUGGAAACAUCAUUUCCUUUAUGGUAUACCUGGCUCCGGCGCGAACGUUUCAGAAAAUCUACAAAAAGAAAUCCACCCAAAGUUUCCAAUGUCUACCUUACUUGGUGGCAUUAUUCAGCUCUUCACUUUGGUUGUACUAUGCAUCAUUCAACAUCAAACAUUCCAUUUUGCUUGUCUCGAUAAACUCCUUUGGAUGUGUGAUAGAGAUCAUCUACAUUGUCAUCUUCAUAAAGUAUGCGGAUAAGGAUGCCAAGAGAUUAACCAUUAAGCUACUUGCUGCAAUGAACUUUGGGUCCUUGGCCUUGAUCGUUUUGGUCACGCGUUUCGCCGUCGAUGAUUCCGAUCAAGUGAAAGUCCUCGGAUGGAUUUGUGACGUGGUUUCAGUGAUUGUAUUUGCAGCACCUCUGAGCGUAGUGUUACAAGUUAUAAGAACGAAGAGUGUACAAUUUAUGCCCUUCUGUUUGUCAUUUUCCCUCUUACUGAAUGCCAUAAUGUGGCUCGCUUAUGGUUUCUUUAACAAGGACAUGUGCGUUGCCCUGCCAAAUGUGGGGGGUCUAGCUCUGGGACUGCUUCAGAUGUUGCUACAUGCCAUUUACAGGAAUCGUGGUGCGAAGGAGAACGUAACGACAGACGCUGCAGUGACAACCUUUGUGGUGGUCGUGAAUCCAUUGGGCCCUCCAGAAGUGUUCUCAACUGCAGUGAAAGAUGAACUAUCACUGGAAGAUAAUAAUAAAGGUGGAGAGGACGAUGCACAAGGGAAAACCGUGGAAACCAACGAUUGCCCUCUGUGAUACGUAUA